ACUACGCGUAUAAAUAGAGCAACGAUUCCCGUUUCCAUCAAUCAAUGAAGAAGCAACCAUGAAGCUCCCACUCCUUCUUCUGCUCUCCUUCGCUGGCUGUGCCUUUGCUCAGAUUGUCCCCCGGCAAGCCUGGUGCCGGCAGCCCUUGUCCCCUCGCAUGCCACGUCUUGCGGUGCCCGUGCGCCUGAUCAUCAUCCAUCAUACGGCCAGUGCGCCCUGCUACACGCCCCAGCAAUGCCAGGCGGCCCUCCAGCAGAUCCGAACGGGGCAUCUGCUGAGAAAGUUCCGGGAUAUCGGCUACAAUUUCCUGAUUGGCGGCGAUGGACGCAUCUACGAGGGCCUGGGCUUUGGCAUUCGCGGAGAGCAUUCACCGCACUACAACAGCCAGUCGAUAGGCGUGGCAUUCAUUGGGAAUUUCCAGCGCACCCUGCCCUCACCACAGAUGUUACAGGCAGCCCGGACACUCAUCACAAUUGCAGUCCAGCGGCGUCAGGUCCUGCCCAAUUAUUCCCUCGUCGGCCACUGCCAGACGAAGGCCACUGCCUGCCCAGGGCGGCAGCUCCUGGACGAACUACGCAAGUGGCCGCGUUGGCAGCCAAAGCCAUAGAAUAGAGAGAUCCG